GGAAGUGCUUUGCAAAUGGUGAAAAUUAAGUCCUCUGCUCGAGGCCUGUGGUUUGCCUGACCUGGAGCUACCUUCUUCUUAGUCCUCCUAGGAACAGGCAGAGUUCAGGACUCUGUCUGUGCAGAUCAGACACAGUAGGACACCUCCUACACCUGCUGCUGUCAGUGCCCCGUCAGCAGGGAUCUGUGUCAAGAUCCUGAUGCCAUCUUGCGGGUGGUAGCCACUUGGAUCCCUCUUCUUUUGCCCUCCACGAUGGUGAGGUGGUUUCACCGUGACCUGAGUGGGCUGGAAGCUGAAGCCUUACUGAAGGGUCGAGGUGUCCAUGGGAGCUUCCUGGCCAGACCCAGUCGGAAGAAUCAGGGGGAUUUUUCUCUUUCAGUUCGGGUUGGUGACCAGGUAACCCACAUCCGCAUCCAGAAUACUGGGGAUUUCUAUGACCUUUAUGGAGGGGAGAAGUUUGCCACCUUAUCAGAACUUGUGGAAUACUACACACAGCAGCAGGGCUCGCUGCAGGACAAAGAUGGAACCAUCAUUGAUUUGCGAUACCCGCUCAACUGUUCCGACCCCACUACAGAGAGGUGGUAUCAUGGGCACCUGUCAGGCUCUGCAGCUGAGUCACUUCUCCAGGCCAAAGCCACCCCUUGGACCUUCUUGGUGCGGGAGAGCCUCAGCAAACCUGGAGAUUUUGUCUUGUCUGUCCUCACUGACCAGCUUAAACCUGGGUCUGAUGCUUCAGCAGCUGGGGCAACCAGUGCCUCUGGGGCACGGCUCAAAGUCACUCACAUCAAGAUCAUGUGUGAGAAUGGACGCUACACAGUGGGAGGUGCUGAAACAUUCGACACCUUGGCAGAUCUGGUGGAGCACUACAAGAAGACUGGAAUUGAGGAGGUGUCUGGCUCCUUUGUGUACCUGAAGCAGCCCUACUAUGCUACGAGGGUGAAUGCUGCUGACAUUGAGAAUAGAGUGCAGGAACUGAACAAGAAGAGUCAAUCUGAGGAGACAUCCAAGGCUGGGUUCUGGGAGGAAUUUGAUAGUCUGCAAAAACAGGAAGCCAAGCACCUGUUUGACCGUCAUGAGGGUCAGAGACCUGAAAACAAGAGCAAGAACCGAUACAAGAACAUCUUGCCCUUUGAUCACUCCAGAGUCAUCCUCCAAGGAAGGGACCCAAAUGUACCAGGGUCUGACUAUAUCAAUGCCAACUAUGUCAAGAACAACCUGAUCAGCCCAGAUGAGUGCACCAAGACCUACAUCGCUAGCCAGGGCUGCCUGGAUGCCACAGUCAAUGACUUCUGGCAGAUGGUGUGGCAGGAGAACACACGCAUUAUUGUGAUGACCACACGAGAGGUUGAAAAAGGAAGAAACAAAUGUGUGCCUUACUGGCCAGAGAUGGGCAACACAAAGGAAUAUGGUCCCUACCUCGUGGAGAACGCCGGGGAGCACGAUGCAUUGGAAUACAAACUGCGGCGCCUCUGUGUGUGUCCAAAGGAUAAUGAUAAAGCUGUACGUGAGAUCUGGCACUAUCAGUACCUGAGCUGGCCUGACCAUGGUGUACCCAGCGAGCCAGGAGGAGUGCUCAGCUUCCUCGACCAAAUAAACCAGAAACAAGAGAGCAUCCCAGAGGCAGGGCCCAUUCUGGUGCAUUGCAGUGCUGGGAUUGGCCGCACUGGGACUAUCAUUGUCAUUGAUAUGAUAGUGGAAACAAUCUCUACCAAGGGACUUGACUGUGACAUUGACAUCCAAAAGACCAUCCAGAUGGUGAGGGCCCAACGCUCAGGGAUGGUGCAGACAGAGGCCCAGUACAAGUUCAUCUACAUGGCCAUCUGCCAGUUCAUAGAGGCAACAAAGAAAAAGCUGGAAGUUAUCCAGUCUCAGAAAGGCAAACCAAAUGAGUCUGAGUAUGGGAACAUUUCCUACCCCCCUGCAAUGAGGAAUGCACGUGCCAAGGCUUCACGACAAUCCUCCAAGCAGAAAGAGGAGUCAACUGUUUAUGAGAACUUGGGGAAAAAGGAGGAGAAGAUGCGGAAACAGCGCUCCUCAGAGAAGAAGCUGAAAAGCUCACUAAAGAAAAAAUAAGCAUACUUUGCAGCUAUCCCUGUGGGGGUUUUGAACCUGGGGUGCAUGACUGGAGCUCAUGUCCAAGCUGGCCUGUCUCACAUCCCCCACUCUUGAACUGGAAUUAGGCCUUCCUCUUCUCUUCUGUGACACCUUUAAGUGUCCUGAACCAGACUGCUUUCCAGCUCAGAUGACUUCAUUGUCCCUUGUCUGUGCAGGCCAGCAAAGUCUUUUUGUGACCUUUCAUUACUCAUUAACAGAAAAAAAUCACUCCCCCUCUUUCCCCACUGGGGCCCAAAUUCACCUCUGCUGUGUCAGCUUCAGCAGUCUUCUUGUGGAAGACUUAAAGCAGCUCUUUAUAGGAGCUAUACCUCUGCCACUGCUGAGAGUUUAGCCUGUCAGUGUUACCUGUAGCCUUAGCUUUUAGAAUAUGGAGGUUUUGGUGUGUUUCAGCUCAGCUUCUCUGCAACUCAGUGGGAAAUUCCUCCUGCCUUAAUACCAGCUCUCCUCUCUACAACCUCUUUGAUCCUUCAAUUAGAUGCUGUAAAUAUAUUGGGAUUCGAUGUGAAGGCCAUGUUUUCUCCUUUGUACAUAAACGUAUUAUUUGUUUGAAU